AUGCACAGAAACAACCCCACUACACAAUACCCAGAACCAGAUGAUGAUGAGGAAUGGCCUGUUGGCGGGUGGCAUUGGAUCCUGCCAUUCUUCCUGUUCCUCAUGUACAUCGAAAUCGGCAGUUAUCUCAGCACAUCAUAUGACAGUGUGUGUAUGGAACGAAAUCCCCUACCGAUCCAAAGAUUCGGUAAAUGGGCGUCAAAACUCGACGACAUCAAAAUUGAUAUCCGUAAUAUUAUACAGGAAGUAAAUGACAAAGAGACAUCACGGACUCUUGACGCAAUUUAUAUACCUGCGGAUACUGCUACCAACCUUCGAAAGGAAAAUCAGCAGCUGAAACAAGCCAUUGGCUGCAACUUCGACGAAGAGAGACUUUUACAAAUCGCGAAAGACAGCAUGGAACAGAAACUUCUAAGCUACCCCGAGAAUACUGACGUUCUUUCCAGAGAGGAUCACAUAUUCAGCCGAGCCUAUAUAUUACUCAGCCGGUUACAGAAGCUACAAGAGCCCAGAAGAGAGAUCUGGGCCAAGCUCAGUGGCCAGUUCCGGCAAGACCUCAGCAAGAUCGCCCAUAGUGUAUGCUAUGCUUCUGCACAACUAGAAGACCUUGCCCGAGAAGCUAAAACGUUCAAUAAACCGACGCUGCGACAAUUGCAAAAGGUAAGUGUUGCUACAUACAUCCUUUGCCAAGAGAGUCGUAGCGAUGCUCACAAUCUCAAUGAGCUUGUCGAUCAGCUUGGCGUUCAACUGUCACUUAUUGAAACAACGACAAAAAGGGCCAGUGGUCUUUUUCGUGACACUUUUGCGACAAAACCAGGUGUAGCAAUACUAUGGAAGUAUUGGAUGGCUGAACGGAUGAUGACAGAGGACGAACUUGACAGCUACGAGGCUGGACGGAUGAUGAUUGGAAGAAGUGUGAUUAACAUGCUGGAUGGGGGGUUUGUUUUGCCAGAGCCGGCCUCAUGGUGA